AUGCUUAUUGAAGGUGAGAAGUGGGCUUGUGAAGCUUGCGUCCGGGGUCACCGGGUCAGCAGCUGUCACCAUAGUGAUCGCCCUUUGACCCACAUCAACAAAAAAGGCCGCCCAGUCUCUCAAUGUACCCACUGCCGCGGCCUACGCAAGUCUCGGACAACCCACGUCAAAUGCGAGUGCGGCGACCACAAGAAAAAGAAAACCGACUCGUCUGACUGCGCCUGCAGUCAUGGCCAGCGCUGCACCUGUGCGCUGAAGAAGGAACCUCAUCUCGACCCUGUACCGGAGACCGGCCUGCCCGUGCCUCAUCCGUCGGUUCCUGCUGAACUCCCACGGAAGCCUCUCCUCACGUCAACAAAGUCCGAAUCAACCUUGACAAUCUUCCGUGACGGUCACCAUAAACCCGCCCAUAAGCAUAAUGACAUGGCCCACAAGUGCGGAUUGCCAUACACAAUCCCACGGUCUCAUACUAUCCACCACCCGACCGACUUGCCUCGUCGAUCGGUGGACCACCUCCCUCUGACUACCCAAUCGGCAUUUAUUCACGAGCCUCUAAGCCUGUCAAUAGACCCUCGAUCGCAGUCACAACAAACCUCGCUGAAUGGCUCUCCCGACAGUGUACCCGCUGCAGCCACGGACGAUGUUUCGAGCACCACCCCCCUCGGCCCAUCCUUCCUGAGACAACUUUGCCGCCCCUGCUAG